AGCACUCCUAGCUUUCCCAAAUAUCUCCGGUCUCUACCGUCGCUACUCCGGCGAAGGCGGCUGCCCCGGAUUUCUGUGUUUCCCCGCGAACAGUUCGCUCUUGCGAAAUCCGAUCUCUUAACAAGCACUUGGGUGGAAAAGAUGCAAGAUCCAAGAUUGCCACUUUCUGGUGAAAUUUCCAACGGUAAACCCCGUAAGAAGAAAGCCCCAUCAGCUUCCAGAGCUUCAGUGAUUCAGCUGAAAGGGAAUGAUGUACGAGAGAUUCAACAUGGGCAGGCUGCGGGAGUUCCUUUGCCUCUAAAAACUUCUCAGAAGUUGUCUAGCAAGAAUUUGGCAACGAAUGAGUACACUCCUACUACCAUGUUUCAGCAGACGGAGAGAUCGAACUCCGAUUCCUUGCCGGACUCUUCUGGUUCGGGGAAUGAUUACAGGGCAUUGAGGAGGAAGUACUUGCUGUUGGAAGAGGAAAGCUUUGCAUUGGGAACCGAGUUGACUGAGGUUGAAGGCGAGGUUAACACUCUCGAGUACGAGAAGCUGGCGUUGUUGGAUCAGCUCAUUGUGCUGGAAGGUCUUGUUGACCCUUCGGAAGUGCAAGUCCCCUGAACUCCUUUUGUUACUGUACUGUGAUUGUUGCACUUGGUAUACUGUGUUGUUAAUAGAUUGCUCGUAGGCUUUUUAUUGGAGCACGAAAUGGUGGAAAAUGGAGUAGUUUGGUUUCUGGUUUUACAAGCUGUACUAGAAAGGUUGGCACUUGGCACAUAUACAUUGAGAACUAAGAUUUUUCAUGUUGAAAGAUUGAAAGGAGUGAUCAAAAGAACAAGUAAUGUAUAUUGCUGGCUUCUAGUGGAUUCAUUGUUGCUAUGCUCAUCGAGUGUUUUUAUUUCUGGCUUUCAUGGUUUGGAUGGAUUCAGUACUACACUUACUGUACUUAAAGAACUAGUGCUAUUUAUGGGUCUCGAGUAGUAAUUACUUUGUUUCACUGCUAUCUGACAGUUUUGUUGUCAGUAACAUCAGGGGAGUUCAAAUCUAAGCCCUGUGGACUAUGAAGCUGCAAGCAAUGUGAAGUUUGGUCCUUGCCAGACUUAGAUUGGUUACUAUGUAUUACAUGGACUUAUGGCUUUACUGGGAUAAUCUGUGGAAAUAAGUUUUAAUCUUUGGUCUGAUAUACUGUGUUCUGUAUAUUCUUAUAAUCUUAUUAUCAUAUUCUUUUCUACUGCUGUUUGGGAUUUCUACAGAUGAAUGAAGAUAAGAUGAAAAGGAACAGUCACCAGAUGUGGAGUUUACAGAUGUCAGAUGCUCCUCGAGGUAUGUAGUUAUCAAUUAUUGACUGGAACUCUUGGUCUAUGAUCAAAUCAGAAAGUCCAUAUAUAUCAUAUUACUAUGCUUAGUAUAGAAGGUAUUUGAGCUUUAAAGAUUGAGCAUUUCCAUGGCUUAUGCCCAAUUAUCCUUUCUUAGGAGUAUAUUACACCUUGUGGGCAGUCUAAGCAGAACACGUGGCUCAACAGAUUCCCUCAUCUCCCAAGGAAGAACACGUAGUAGAACAUAUACAGUAAAGUAUUACCUUGACAAUUUUGUCAGUCGGUCAUAUUAGGAAGUUGUUGCCCAGCCACUCAUAAUAAAUAUAUACUUCUUUGACGGUUUGACCAACGAGAAAAGAAAUAAAUAGAAAUGGAAAAGCCAGUAACAACGUGCAGGGAAAGAAGCCAUUCAGAAUCACACUACCAACAAUAUCAUAUGCAUAUCUCAGGACAGAGAAAUAGAGAAAUGACAAGUGAAUGAAUAGAGACAAAGGCAGUAUGGGAAGGUAGUUAUAUCCUCAUUGAAAGCCUCUGCAUAUCUAGAAGAUCCUUCUCCCUUCUUCUGUAAUCUGCAUAGACACACAGGUCAAGGGAAAGAAAGAUAGAAAGCUAAACAAAGAAGGAGAGAUAUCAUGGUAGAGAAAGAGGAUCAGGUGAUGAUUUCUACUGUAACUCCAGUUCUGCCCAGAUUGGAUCGCCUUGAUCGACUGCUGCAGUUUCUGGAAGAUAAGUACUUGGUGCUGGAAAAGCCCAAAACUGAAGCAGUUGCUGUGAAGGAGAUGGAAGAUCAUCAGUGCAUGAGUUUAUCAGCCGCCCUCGAGCUAGUUAAACAGAAAGGCAGCCUGGUGGAGAGGCUCGAAUUCCUCGAAAACCGCAUCUUGCAGCUGAGCCUGGAGAUGGGAGUAGGCAACAACAGUACAUCCAGGUCAAGCUCUUUCAUGGUCACAGAAGCUGAAUCUGGAGAUGAUGAUCAUAAGCAUCUGAUUGUGAAGCAGGAACCAAAAAUGGCGCCAAAUCUCUCCACAACUCAGAAAGGGACCAGACGGAGGAGAGUGGUCACUACUGGCAAGAAAUGGGCAGCAGGAUGGAGGUGUUUACCUAUGGGCUGCAAUGGUUAAUUGUUGACUUGAAUUUUUAAGCUUUCAAUAAGAUGAGAUAAACUUGAUUGUGAGGAGGGCUUUUAUCAUUUCAUCUCAUCAUCAGAUAACUGGGCAAACCUUGGCCACUGUUGCUUGGAGAAAUUCUGCAGAUAGUAAAUGAAAAAUGAAUUAAAGAAGGCAUUGUAAUUUUAUCUUUUAUUACCAGGAAACAUCCUCGCCCACACAUUACAUUUUGUGAUGACAACCCAGG